AUGGAUGCACAGCGAGCGUAUGAUCAACAGAUUGCUUCGACUUCUCAAGUUCCGUAUCCGAAACCAGAAAUGAUGCAGCAGUACCCGCCGGCUUGUAGACAAAGCAUGCCGCACAUGUAUCCUCCAUGUUAUCCUCGAUCGCCGUCUCGAGUUCCGCAAACAGAUCACACUAGUCAGUGGCUGAGUGGCCCUUACAAUGCACUGUACGCCAACUCACCUGUCCCCUCAGCUGCACCAUCUGUAAUGUCUCAUGUGAGCAUGCAAGAUGACCUGGUUUCUGUGAUGAGCGUGCAAACAACGCUGAACGCCAGCGCAGCACCUUGCCCGCAAGAUUCUCACCUAACCGAAUUGCGGCCACAAUCACAGUUCUCAUCGUCUGCGUCAACGCCGCCAUGUACAGAAAACGUGGAUCCCGCUACGAUCCAAGAAGUCCGGAGAAAUAUUGCGUAUUCUAUAAAUAAUUUUUUUAGUAACGAGGUAAGUUCUUAG